AUGGGCUGCGGGUACUGGCGGAUCGUGAGAGGCGGGUCGGACGGCGUGGACAUCGAGAGAUUCGCCGCGUACACGAUCGCGGACGUCUCCAAAAUCAAAGUGAGGCAAUCUUUGUUGCCUGCUCAUACGUGUCUCACCCGCAUUUGUUGGUCUGCUGUCGCAGGGCGAGUGUAGGCUUGACGAAUGGACGGAGUGGUCAUCUUGUUCAGCGAGAUCUCCCUGCCAGCCGGGCAAACAGACACGCACAAGGCCCGUAAGAGAGCUGCCUUCAGGCGUGACGAGAUCAUCCCCGAAAGACGUGUUGGACAGUGUGUGCGGUGCGAAUCGGACAGAGGAGAGGGAGUGCAGGGGUGCAGGCGUCUGUGAAGGGCUGGAUGUGGAGGUGUAUGGGUACUAUGGCGCAUCUGGCAAGGCGAGAGACAUCCGCGAGGGAGGAGCCCACGUCAAGACUUUCUGGUGCACCAGAAAGUCUUGACUCCACUCGUCCAUUUGUAUUGAUAUGCUCAUGUUCUCAGGUCUCCGUCUGUGAGUGUGUCAUGCGAGGAGCGCACGCGUCAGUCGUUGGGCGACUACCACGCACUUAUCAUGUCCGGCCAUAUUAGGGUGCCCCACGAUGGCCUCUACGCACUGCGAUACUCACUGCAAAAGGGAUUUGGAGACAUCGAAAUCAACGGCAAGGAAGUCAUCACCAUGGAGGUGCGUGAGAGAGUGUGAUGUACAUAACAGAUGAAAGGCUUUCUGUGCACGCAGGGCUAUCGAACUCUUGCUGACAUCGGUGUGGGGAGCGCGUACAUGCGCGAGGGUCUCAACCCGACCACCAUCACGCUUGUCAACGGUGGGAUGGAUCAGUGCGACACAUAUGACAUUACAAUAACACGGGGAUGCCAACCUUGCACAGAGGUCUACAAAGAAUUGACUCCAUCCAGUACACAGCCUGUCUUAUUUGUUUCUUCAGGGGUAUUCCAUCCACUCGUGGGACCUUGUCAAGGACGGCUUGAGCUGCAAAAGGGCAUGCGGUUGCGACGAGGCGACCAAGACCUGUGACGUGUGCUGCCAAGUGGAUGUCGAUCAGCGAACCUGCCACACACACCAGAUAAACAAAUGUAUCGAGGAAAGCAGACGGAGAUGCGAUGGUUUGUCUUAAUCUCUGCCGAAUCUGUUCCUUCAGGCUCUCACAGCGAAGGCUUCGAUGUCGUCCAGACGGCCACCAAAACCAACGCAUCGGGGAGGUCCCUCUCUCAAUCUUCCAGUCCUUCGUACCUUCCGCUCUCGGCCGAUCCAGCUAUUAUGGAGCACAACUCGGGAAGAGAGCCGCCUCUCAUCGGCCACAUGCAGCAACGCAGCUACCAUUCAGAGACACCGGCAUAUGGCAGCGGCAAGGUGUGAGACACACGCGCGCAGCGAGGUGAAUUGCGGCCUGUAUUAUCGCCCUUUUCUUGUCUCAGGGCUGGUGCUCGUCUUCUCGCUUUCGCUUCAGCAUCGACGGUGUGCGGGAGGGCGAAAAGGCCUCACUCUCAGAGUUGACCUUCUUCACCCGGUGGCAAGCAAAAGGCGACCAUGCCUUCAGCUUCGACACAUAUUCAAUACCAAAGCCAGCCAAGGUGGUCGCAAUCGGGCAAGAGACGACGGUAGUGGCAACGCCAGACAACCCAACAGGCAGCGUGUCUGGCCCUGAUGUGCUGUUCGAUCGCCGUGUGGACACGGAUUGGGCGACGAGGGAUUUCAGGGAUGUUGUCAUUGAGGUGACAUUUGAUGGAGCGGUCAAUGUGACGGGAUAUACACUCUGGACAGGUCAGCAGACGGCAACAAACGGACCAAAGGUGAAUAGCAUCGUUCAUCUCAGGUGGAAGACAAACAUCAAGCGAUCCCAAGUCCUGGCGCAUCGAAUAUGGUGGAGGUGCAGGCGGCAUCGAAUGGCGGACGUGUCACGAAGGGCAGCCGUAUGCCGUCCCUCUUGACAGACGGCGAUCGUACGGACUCUUCGUCCCUGGCGAAGGCGUGAGAGCGAUUAGGUCUCUCGACGGAGAGGAUGGUGGCUUUCCGCUCACCUCUGUUGUCAAAUUCUCAACAAGCGCGAUCUCGCAAGUGAGCGGAGACGACAAUGAAAAUGUGUCAUAUAUGUCUCAGUUGUCGAUUACCCUCUUCGUAGUACACGGAAGAGCCAUUGGAUGACAAGAAAAACAGAGGCGGCAUGUCAUGGCAGAAGAUCAAUGGACUUUUCCCGUCAGAGGCAUCUCUCUUUUCAAAGACAAGCUCAACGACCGCAAGGGGCCAUGCAGGAUGGACCUUGCGGUAAUCCAUGAAUGAGGGUCGUUUGGCACAUUCGUCUUCGUUUGUCUUCUGCCUGUUGCAGGGGUCUUUCGCGGCACCUGCUGCAGGCAGCCAUCAGCUGAGGGUCAUCGUUGAGAACGGCGUGGAGACACAGCUGGCGAUCGCCGGUAGGCAUGAAGAGAGAUGCAGUCAAGUUUGAUGAUGACGGUACGUCCUGACACUCAGGAUGCGGCGCUGAUGGUCUCUUUCGCGAGUCGAGCUGUGAGGAUUCCUUGGGUGUCGAGAAGUGUGCCGAAUACGGCGAGUGGAAUCUUUGCACUCACGAGAAAGAGGACUACCGGGAGUUUAUGCACAAAUACUGCGCAAAGACAUGCGGGGUACAGCCAGAGCUUGCGUUUCUGCUUCAUCCACGUGGCUAGGUGUCCUUCAGGUGUGUUCGAAUCGUGACUACGUAUUGAGCCCAAUCGUCAGCUUCAGCCACCAGGGGUUGGUUGACGUGGCCAUUAAGACUUCAGCUCGAUGCGACAGAGACACAGCGCCAUUUGUCGAGCUAAGGCAAGAGGAUCACGGCAGCCUGUCGUUUGCAAGACUUGCCUUGCUAUUGGUCAGGAUGGCUUCUCACUGGGAUGCUGUUGUUGAGCUUUUCACCGUGAUCGAUGGAUCCGGCAACCCCACCGCCGCAGCAUCGCUUAUCGACACCAAAACAGCCAUCGUCCACGACUCUGUUGCCGACAGCUUGAACCAGCUCCACAUGCAAUUUGUACGCAGCACGACACACGUCGGCCACCCUGACAUGCAUACAUUCUCUCUGCAGGUGAGUGGCAACAGCUCCCUGGUGCGUGUAACUGUCCCCCCCGUGUCCUUCUCGGCCGUCAACUUACCAUCCUGGCACUUGUCGCCUCAAGACCCGCUCAUCUUGGAGGCCAUCCAACCAAUCAAUCGUUCGCAGCUCCUGCUGGGUGCCCCUCAAAUCGACAGAGAUUUUGUGGCUGAGGCAUCGUUGCGGCUGGUCGUGAAGAGUGAGGCCGACCAGGGAGCAUGCGUGGGUCUGGCAGCAGGUCCGUACACAUAGUUGCAGCCAUGUCUCUCCUGCACGUACACUUCGUGUCUCUUCGGUGUGUGUCGGUUCCUCAGGUUCUGUUACUUUGGAGAUUUGCAAUACGGCAGCCGACCAGCGGAGCCUGGUCUUCACUGACAACAAGGAGAGAAUCAGCUGGUCCUACGUCGACUUGUUUGAGUACACGGAAGUGUCGCUAUCACGUUUCGGCUCAACAAUCCACGCCAAGUAUCGGCCCAGGGGUGAAGGCAGGUGGGCCAUACUGGGAGAGACACCCAUUGGCGGAUCGACCAGGCGUGUCGGUUCCUUCAUCGCCCCUCUGGCUCCCUCGAGGGAGGACAGGGUACCAGUCGAUGUGGGGAUUACAUUCAGCGCAGAUAGAAGGCACAGGUGAAUAUGAAGAAGGGCAUGCACGGUGGAUCUAUGGAUGCAUAUCUGUGCUGCUGGUGUUGCUGGGGUGCCGCUGGUGUCGUGUCGUGUGUGCAGGUCUGCAGCUGUGAGCAGCUGGAGUCUUCAAGCCAUCAAUGGUGCUGAUGCAUGAAAGUGUGACUGACCGCUUGAUGUCCACGUCAGAUUCUGUCUUUCGCUUGAGGUUUCGCCACUUGUCUCCUCAUUCCUCCAAGCGUCACGCGUCUGCACGCAAACAAGUCCUCUCUUGCAUUUCGCGUAUUCAUCUUAUCGCCCGUUCUGUGCAUGACGAUGUCGUUGAUCGAGACAACCUCUAUGUCAUGAGUGCAACAGCGGAUGACAAACACCUGGUGUCCUCA